AUGCGCGCCGUCUCUGGGGGCGCGAUUCUAGCCGCCAAUGGCUUCAAGCGCGAGGCCAUCGACGCGAAUACCCGAGUGUUGGCAAUGGACCCGAAAUGUACACCAGCGAUUACAGCGACCCAUGACCUGGCGACGGCAACGACGACGAUGCGAGUGGCACAAGCCAGCUUCCCCGAACUCGGACAGCUUCGGACCGCGAUCGUACACGCGCACGCACAGGGUCGCCUGCAGGAGGCGGUAGCUCUCAACUGCAUUGCGCUCUUGCUGUCGCCGCAAGACGGGACUACGCAUACCAACGCCGGUGCCUUCUACUACGAGGCUGUCGACGAGCGUAUGGGGCAAGUCGAUGCGGCACUGCAGACGUACGCAUCGGCUGUUGCCUUGGCCCCCGAGUACGCGCUCGGUCUCUACAACUAUGGUACCGCGGUGUUAAAGCGGCGGGCGUGGCACGACGUUGUCUCCCUCUUCUGGCAACGGCUGGGCUUCCGCAAUCAUGUUGCCCAAGUGCCGUCCAUGCUGGGGAUACAAGCGCUGGUACAUGUGCUCUUGCUGGACACGAUGCCGACGCCCGUUGCCGACUGCACCCAACGACUGCUCUGCGAGAAGUACGGCGUGCAUUUUGCACCCAACUCGACACUGGGCGCGUUGGCUGACGCCACAGCGGCCUGCGAGCGCAGUAUGAAUGUGACGGCGAUCGCCGUGGGCCACGACGACAGCAGUGUCGUCUGGCUGCUGGCCAACGCCGAUGUGGACUUUGAUGCGUCCGUGGCGAUACUGCAGCGGACGACGGCGCACGGAGGUUAG